UCUAAUUACAACAUAUAUAUUAUUUUUUAGUUUUCUUUCUUUCAUAUACAUGUUUCUAACUGUAAGUUAGUUAACAAGGAAGCUGUUGCUCUUCUGAGUGCAAGUUUUAAAAGCAACUUUCAGUCAAAGCCCAAGACCGAAGGUAAAAAAAGGAAACUAAAAAGGUAAAAUGAAAAAGAAAGAGAUGGAUGGAUGUACCAAUAGUAGGAGAGGAUUGUCCUUUUAAGCUCAACAGCUCUUUAACAUUCAUCAGUUUUUCACCUUACAUUCCCAAACCUAGAAACCUCAAAACUCUCUCAAAGGCUCAAAGCUUCUUCUAAAUUACUAAUGAUGAGGUCAAAGAGGUGUCGAGCUCCACAAGAGAAGAUCACUCUCAAGGUCACGAACCUAGAGGACGAAGGUAAAGAUGUCUACGAGAUUGGUGUUCAUGUACAUCUUGAGAGACUAAUGCUUGAUUACUGCCAAAGGAGAAACUUAGAUUACACCACUCUCAGUUUCAUCUUUAACGGUACCUUCAUCAGGCCACUACAGACUCCCGCUCAGCUGAUGAUGGAAAAUGACGACAUCAUCGACACGGUCAUGGAUCAAGGCAGCGCCGGUACUAACGAAGGCACCGCUUGAGAAGAAAUGAGUUUUUUUAGUCACUCGUUUUAACUAUCUAGAGUUUCAUAAUUAGAGAGUAUUUUAAUUAGAGUUUCAUAAUUAGAGUAUUUUAAUUUGUUAUGUUGCAUUUAAUAGUUUGAACCAU